AUGCAUCAAACGAAUGGCACUGUCUCCUCUCUUCUUUAUCCAACUGUCUCUUCUUCUCGGCUCUUCUCUGCUGCUGCUGCUGCUGCUCUCUCUCUAUAUUACCUUCAUAGCAGACGUACCCCCACGCCUUACUGGGGGGGAGAGAGACUGGGGGGCCCUGGGGGCCCCCCCCUCUCAGGGGCCCUGGGGGGCCCCCCAGUCUCAGGGGCCCUGGGGGGCCCCCCACUCUCAGGGGCACUGGGGGGCCCCCCCCUCUCAGGGGCCCGGGGGGCCCCCCACCUCUCAGGGGCCCUGGGGGCCCCUGAGGAGUCUGUCAACUCCCAGCAGCAGCAGCAACAAAGACAGCAGCAGCAGCAGCAGCAGCAGCAAGAGCAGCAGCAGGAAGGGUAUGAUAUAUGUGGAUGGUGGUAUAGAAGGAGAAGAAGGAGAGGAUGGCAACGGCAGCAACUGCAACAACACAAAGUGCAGCAGCAAGUGGAGUAUCGACAGCAGCAGCAGCACCAGCAGCAGCAGCAGCAGCAUCACCACCAGUAUCAUCAUCAGCAGCAGCAUCAUCACCAGCAACAGCAGCAACAGCAGCAGCAGCAGCAGCAGCAGCAGCAGCAGCAGGGGACGAUGAGGGUCUUGUUUCUGCGGAGACACUUCGUGCGGUAUGGAGACUAA